GGGAAAUCUUUGUGGAAUUGAUGCUGUAUUACCUGACUUCUGUAUGUUGUCAUCUUGUGCACUCCUGGUCCCUACCAAAAUCCGUUGCGUUCAUCCCCUGAUCUGCCAUUCUUCUCGUUCCUUCAUGGAUUUGAAGGCUCUUCUUGCCUCCUUGAAUGACUUUGCGUCCCUUUCAUUUGCUGAGAGUUGGGACAAUGUUGGAUUACUGGUGGAACCAAGUCCACCCCAUACUGUGAACACUCUCUUCCUAACCAAUGACCUGACUGAGGAAGUGAUGGAGGAAGCUCUGCAAAAGAAGGCAGAUCUCAUUCUCUCCUACCAUCCACCAAUUUUUCGACCCAUGAAGCGCAUAACCUGGCAAACCUGGAAGGAACGCUUGGUAAUUCGGGCCCUGGAGAACAGAGUCGGAAUCUACUCUCCUCACACAGCUUAUGAUGCUGCACCCCAGGGAGUUAACAGCUGGUUGGCAAAAGGACUUGGAGUUUGCACCUCCAGGCCGAUACAUCCUUCCAAAGCUCCCAACUUCCCGACGGAGGGAACGCACAGAGUAGAAUUCAAUGUCAGCCAUAGCCAGGACCUGGACAAAGUCAUGGCUACAGUGAGAGGAAUUGCCAAUGUUUCUGUUACGUCUCUUUCGGCUAGUACGGAUGAAGAAGAAACACGGGUCAGUCUGAACUGUAAUCAGCAGGCUUUGAUGCAAGUGGUGGAUUUUCUUUCACAGAACAGACAACUUUAUCAAAAGACUGAAAUUCUGUCGCUGGAAAAGCCUCCGCUUCUGCAUACUGGAAUGGGACGGUUAUGCACCCUGGAUGAAUCUGUCUCCUUGGCAACCAUGAUUGAACGAAUCAAACAGCACCUCAAGCUACCUCAUGUUCGCCUUGCUCUUGGGGCAGGAAAGACUUUAGAGUCUCAAGUGAAAGUGGUGGCUUUGUGUGCUGGCUCGGGGAGCAGUGUUCUGCAGGGAGCAAAGGCUGAUCUUUACCUCACAGGUGAGAUGUCCCAUCAUGAUGUUUUGGAUGCUGCAUCUCAAGGAAUAAAUGUUAUCCUUUGUGAACACAGCAACACUGAACGAGGCUUUCUUUCUGAUCUUCGAGAUAUGCUAGGUGCCCACUUGGAGAAGAAUAAGAUUAAUAUUGUCCUGUCAGAAAGAGACAGAGACCCUCUUCAUGUAAUAUAACACAUACAGGAACAAUAGAAUGACACAAUCUGCAAUUUGAUUGGCUCUCAACUUCAAUGCACGACACAAUAGUGCAGUUGCUGUUAUGAAAGAAUGUCUUAGGUGUACAUUGUGAUCAUAGUGUAGUAUAAGUAGAUACUCAACUAUAAAACUACAUCUGCAACUUACAAAGUUUAUAAGUUAAUGUUUCCUCAAAAAAAAUGUACAUUUUCAUUUUUGUUAAUUUUUACUGAGUGUUCUAUAGUUCAUAAACACUACCAUGAAAGAACAAAUGUUGAUUA